AAUAGGCCUGGUUGCAAGAAACAUUCCGAGUGGCCGCUGCUCGAAGGCGACUCAAAUAACAGCGGAGGAGACGACGCACACAAUGGAGCUCAGAGCAGCGUAGAUAACCUACUGAAACACUUACCAGUACAGAACGCGCCGUUCCUACUUAUCCGCGUGUGAUAAGAGUGUCCGGGGGGAAAAAAAAGUACGAAGGGUUUGGCUUAAUUCUGUCCUCGAACUUCUCUUCUUUUUCGGACGUUGAACCGCAUCGCCUUACAAGUGGCCAUGCCUCCCACAACCCCAUACGCCGGCAAGUUCAGCAACUGCGGCGUUUACAGCGGCAACAAUAACAACUACCAGCAGCCACACAGCCCGUACCGCCACUGCGCCUCUGCGAAGACCACCAAGGAAAGUGUCUACAGCGGCGCGUACGAGAACCCAUACGACAUACCGCACGCGCACAGCGUGUAUUGCGGCGGGACCACUAAAGAACGUCAUUACAGCAGCAGGAGCACCGUUUCGGACAACCUGUGCUCCAACCCGCAGCCUCACAGCCCGCGCCAGCACAGCACAACCUGUCCCGCGCGAGUGCACCGACAAACCAGCACCAGCAGCGGCAGCGAACAGUCCUGUCGGAGCAGCGCCGCGGCCAAAAGUCGUCUGAACAUCCACGGCGUCACCGCCAGCUAUGGGGAAAUGUGUUACCAUGACAACAGUUUGGUUUCAGCAUCUCUCGAGGCACUGAUCCAACACUUGGUCCCGACCGUGGACUACUACCCCGAUAGGUCGUACGUUUUCACCUUCCUGCUGAGCUCGCGCCUCUUCCUGCACCCCUACGAGCUCAUGACCAGAGUUUGUCACCUGUGUGUGGAGCAGCAGCGGUCGGGAGACACCCUGCUGGAUAAGAUCCGUUUCCGUGAAGUGGCGCCAAAGCUGGUGCAGCUGCUGACGGAGUGGACCGAGACCUUCCCGUACGACUUCAGGGACGAUCGGAUGAUGCGUUGCCUCAAGGACAUGACGCAUCAUGUGGCCAGAGGGGACGAGUACUCUUGGCGGGCCAUGCAGCAGAUGACCCAGCGCCUUAUAAAACGUCUCUCUGCCCUGGGCCAAUACGAGGAAGCGGUGGCGGCGUUGAGCGCGGUGGCGACCGAGCGUCCCGCCUCCCUGAAGAGCAAAAGGGAAUCGGCGCCAAGGAGCGACGUCCUGAGCGUGUGCGACGACCCCUUCGUCCUUGCUCAACAGCUGACCCACAUUGAACUGGACAGGCUGAGUUUUAUCGGGCCUGAGGAGUUUAUCCAGACCUUCGCCUUGAAGGACCCCCUUGAGAACCACAAGGGUUUCUUCCGAAAGCGCAAGACCAGCAAUCUGGAGGCGUACGUGAACUGGUUCAACAGACUGAGUUACCUUGUGGCCACUGAAAUCUGUAUGCCGGUGAAGAAGAAACAGAGAGCGCGGAUCAUCGAGUUCUUCAUCGAUGUGGCGCAGGAGUGUUUUAACAUUGGCAACUUUAAUUCCCUCAUGGCCAUAAUCACUGGGAUGAACAUGAGUCCCGUUGCCAGACUGAAAAAGACUUGGAGCAAAGUCAACACUGACAAGUUUGAAAUCCUCGAGCACCAGAUGGACCCGUCCAGCAACUUCAGCAACUAUCGCACCGCGCUCCGCGGCGCCACCCAGAGGUCCGAGACCGCGCACAGCGUCCAGGAGAAGAUCGUGAUACCUUUCUUCAGUCUGCUCAUUAAGGACAUUUACUUCCUGAAUGAAGGCUGUGCCAGCAGGCUGCCCAAUGGACACAUCAACUUUGAGAAACUUUGGGAGCUGGCAAAGCAGGUGAGCGAGUUCCUAGUGUGGCGUCAGGUGAUCUGCCCGUUCGAUAGAGAUCGUAGAAUCCUGCAGUUCCUCGUCACCACGCCGGUCUUCGCCGAAGAUGAGCUCCAUCUUGCCUCUUACGAGAGCGAAGGGCCGGAGAACAACAUGGAGAAGGACAGUCGUCGAUCUCUCCGAUCCUCCCUGUUGCAUCGAGAGAAUCGAUCAUGAGGAAAAUUUUGUCCACUCUGCGGGGUGUAAAUAAACACGUCAAAUAGCAUGUUAAAGCUACAUGCGCAUCCAUAUGUAGAGCAUACAUUCCCUGGGCCAGACCUGGAAACAGCUGAGUCUGCAUUUUACACAUCAGCAGUUUACCAUACAGACUUUUAAUAACUGCAACUUUAUCGUAGUUACAGUAUACGUGACUCGAGCCCUCUGAUGCUGAGGAAUAUGUUCCUGCGUGUUUUCAUGACCUCAUCUUUUUAGAUCGUCACUUUUCUCUGAGGCACUUAAGCAGAAACUGUCGGAAAAGUUGGGCGGGCUCGGCUUAUUUCUCGUUGUGGAAAGAAAUGUGUGCAGCGAUCACUUAUAACACUCCAGCCACCUCACGCAAAAGGAGGAAACACUCAAGGACCAAACUUUUCAUCGCAACACAAUGGAGACUGGGAAGCGGGCGUUCUGCCUUUUCGUCAUGGCAAAAAUGAAUUUUGGCCUGGACAUGAACUCCUUUGUCGCACCUUCAUUCGACGUACCCACUGGACGCGUUUCGGGCGUUUCAUGCGUCGAGAUUACACAGGAAGUCAACGUAGCCCGCGCGUAAAGGUGCAAAGCCGUACGGAGGCGGUGUGAAUUACGCGGGCAAUGUUCCCUCUAAGCUGUGCAACUACGCAUUUACAAUUGGUGUGUAAUGUUAAAAUUCCACCUUGGCACAGCCUGAUUGAGGAUGAAAGCACAGACGAUACACUGGCCAAAAAGAUAAUUCAGUAUUUUAAAUAUAGGGGGCAUCAUAACAUGAACCCUAAAACUGUUCAUUCCGCUUUCAACAUGCAUUGCCAAAGAUAUUCUGGAAGCAAUAAUUCAGUUUUACACCAAGAAAAACAGAUGGGGAUAUCAUUGUGGGUUAAAAAGUUAGAAGUGACAUUUCAAAUUUAUAGUUCAUAGUUGGCUUUGGUUUGGUUAGCAAUAUAUUUUGUGGUUUGUUGACAUUUUCAGUGUAAGUUUGCAAAAACACAAUUGUUCUUAAAAAUAUUCUGAUGGAAAUGUAAUCCGAACCUUUUAAUCAGCCACGUUGACCACAGUGCGUACGUCUGUUGCUCACAGUGAUCAAAGGGGGCGCUCACGGCCUUAGUGUGUUUGCUCAGACGCGUCAAAAAAUUAGAGGGAACAUCGGACGUGGGCAUUCGCAAAUUCGCCUCUUUCGUCCGAACGCUCAAAGCUAAGACAGCUGAACUUGUCGGCGAAGUAAUCUUGUCGGGCAAACGUUGCACUUCAUCUACAUCUGUGUUUUCUUACUGGACUUUAUGCCUUCUUUAUCCCUACAGUAUUAAGUCGUAUUUUGUAUCAGGAAGUAUAUUGAAUGUUUAUUUCUCAAUGUAGUCACCGUGCUGCUUUGCAAAAAAAAAAAAGUUUUUUUUUUUUUUUAAUCCAAACACACCAGCUAAGCUUUGACAGAAUUGUGUUGACUUUAAUGCCGCACAGCUUUAACACAAAUAUGAAAAAAGUCAUCCUCAGUGUCUUUUUGUGAUAAGGGGACAUCUGUAUCAAUGUUUAUAUAGUAAAAAAAAAAAAAAAGCUCUUUUUAUGUUAUAAACGUUUUAUAAAGUUUUUGUGUGCUUUGUCCAAACGUUGCUGUGUAUUACGUGUUUCUUGGUACUUGUAUUGAAGCCUUUGUGAAAAGAUAUUUUUUUUCCUUCCAAAUAAACAAAGUAACAUACUA